UUUUUGUGUAGGACUGACAAUACAGCAGAGCUUCCUGAAUUACUUUAUUUUGAGGUCCAUACGAAUUCUGCAAGGCUUCUAAUGUGCCACCAGAUGUCGCUGCAUCUCUACGCAUUAGAGAAACUCCUCCCAUCUUCUCAACACACUCUGUUCAUUUGUAAGAACAUUUCCAUCUCUGUCCUUAACCACUCUUACCUUCUGCACAUCCUUUACAUCUCUGUCUGUCUGUCCAGUGAAUUGAUACAAGUCCUUAUGUCCUUCCUUCGUGUCCAGCCUUUGCCUUUGACACAUCUCCCUGGCUCUCCCACUUUUUCUUUGCCAUUCUCUUCACUUGAAUACUUUCCUGUACUUCCUCGUUCCAACACCAAAUUGCCUUAUCUUCUUUCCUCUGUCUAAAGGAUACACCAAACACCUUCGUGGCUGUAUCCCUCACAACUUUAGCUACACUUUCCCAGUCAUCUGGUAACUCUUCACAGCCUAGAGCCUGUCGCAAUUCCUUUCUGACCUCUGCUCAACCUUCUGCCUUUUCAGCUUCCACCAAUUAAUCCAUGGCUCUACCUUCACUCUCUCCCUCUUCUUGUUCAAAGUCAUCCCAUCUGAUGCUGCCUAGCCACGUUCUCCUAUCUCCUUCCAAUUCUAUCUCCAUCUUACACUCUCACAGGUCACCCUCCAUCUUCCUGUAAUAGUUUUUGCUUUAUAUUUAAACCACGCUAGGAAAGUUUGAAUCCACCUCCAAUGCUCCUGGCCUUGCUUCCCUUUCGUUCUCUUGCACACAAACUAUAUCUACCUUCCCUCUCUCCAUCUAAUCAGCCAGCUCUCUCCCUUUACCAGUCCCUACAGUUAAACUCCCUUAUCUCACCUCUACACUCCACCCCUCCUUCUGUUUCGCUGCCUCCUAACACACCUUCCCCACUCUUUGGAAAACAGUAGCACAGUUUCCAUCUGCACCUUGUUGGUCCGAUGGCAGUCGUUGUUAACCAGGGACUCAAACAAUCUGGUUUAGUAGAAUUGUUUUCAGUGAUUCACGUAUUUGAUGUGGCAAAGGUUUUACACCAGAUGCUUUAUCCUCCACAUGAGGGUCCCAGGUGGCGCUGGUGCCAAUCCUAGCUGGUCAGGAACCCAGGGAUUCUCACUGCAAAGGAAAGAGUGCUAACUCUACACAUGUGGCCCAUGUUGACAAUUUUAACUGAAUACAUAUUGGUAUGGAUUAAUCUCCUUAUUGACUUCCAGUGAUGAUUCUUAUGACUCUUUCUUUACAAUGAAUAUUGAACAAUUACAUGUUUUGCAAGUACUUCCCCAUGCAUAUUUCAACACCGCAGGUCAUUUAUGGAACAAUAAUUGACUUAAAUAAUAUUAUGUACUAUGUAUGCACAAUGUGUUAUAAUGCACUGUAACAUAAAUUCUAUUCUAUAAUUAUAUAUGCAUAAGUAAUGGUUUAUUAUCUUUAUUUCAUUCAUCUUUGAAACCUCUCAAAGUUUAUUCUGUGCUGUAAUACCUGAAUUUAUCCAGUGGGGCUCAAUAAAGAGUCUUAAUCUUAAUCUUAAUCUAUACAUUGCAACAGUGAAUUGUGCAGUAUAACUGAUCUGUAUGUUAAGCAUAACUUGGUCAAAGUAGUAUUUUGACAAAUACCCUGAGGGUUUUAAAUCAUUUGAGUUUACAAGAAGAUGAACUUCUAUUACAUGUAUCCACAUAUAUGUAUCAUACUUUCACAUUGGUCGCGUGAUCAAACGCCACAGAAUGAAUUUCGUCUCAACUGACUUUGUUUCAUGUGAAAGUUUUUUCAGCAGAGAGAAAGAAUCACUGUGAAGUGUUUUGGGUUCUUCUCGGUGGGAGGGAUUCUUGCUGCAGGGAAGCUCGGUGGCGUGUGCAGAGCGCAGAGCGCAGAGGCUGCGGAGUCUUUCCAACAGCGCAGGUCCAGAGACAAGAGAGCGCAUCCGUGUCUCAGACACCUGAGCAGCGUCAGCGUCUUUCUGCCUCUUAAAGUCAGAGGACACUCGCUUACAAGAGACAACUCUUCCUUUGGAUUUUAUUGAAGACAAACAAAAACAAAAACAAAACAAAACAGGAGAAGCCUUCUACACCUUGGAGAACUUUCAUCAGUGAAACGCAUCACUGCUGGACUCAGAGAGAUGACGCUGUCUUUUCGACACAGGUGUUUGUUUUUGCUGUGUUUGACAGCGAUCCAGUGUGGACAUGCUGCCGUCCAGGCAUGCAUGGAUAAGCACCAGGUGGUUGGGGUGCUGCGUCAGAUGGAGAAGUUCCUGAAAGGCCAGGAGAUGCGGUUCACGGAGGGGCUCAGGAUCAUGAAGUCGAAGCUGGCGACGCUGCAGAACUCUGUCUCCAAGUUGCCCCAGUCAGACCUGUCAGCCACUUCCACCACCUGCCCCUCUCUGGAGGCCCCGGCUCAUGGAACCAAGUUUGGCUCGAAGUAUUUUGUUGGACAUGAGGUCCAUUUCACUUGCUUGCAGGGCUACCAUCUUGUUGGUUCUGCGACACGAGUUUGCCAGGACAAUGGCACCUGGACCGGUAUCAGUGCCAUCUGUAAAGAUGUAAGUGAGUGUGCAAGUAAUCCCUGCCAAAAUGGAGGUACCUGUGUGGAGGGCGUUAACCAGUACAAAUGCACCUGCCCUCAGAGCUGGAGUGGCUCACACUGCCAGCACCAAACCCACACAGCACCACCUGAGUGGAGUGUUAUGAAUGACCCGGCAUUCAGCCGAAGACCUCGCUGUGCUCAAGUGAACCGAGCCCAGCACUGCAGCUGCGACGCAGGCUUUCACAUGAGUGGCACGUCUGACAACAGUAUCUGUCAGGAUGUGAAUGAGUGUGAGGUGUACCGGCUCGACCAAGGAGGGAAACUCUGUAUCCACGAGUGUGUCAAUGUCCCAGGCUCGUACCACUGCUCUUGCCCCAGCGGCUACAAGUUGCUCUCAGAUGGACGGAGCUGUGAGGAUGUGGACGAGUGUUUAAGCCAGCAGCACAACUGUAGCCAAGGGACAACUUGUAUCAACACGGGGGGAGGCUUUCAGUGCGUCAGUCCAGAGUGUCCCCGAUCGAAUGGCGACAUCAGCUAUGUCAAGACGUCUCCUUUUCAGUGUGAGAGAAACCCCUGUCCCAUGGACAGCCGCUCCUGCCACACAGCCCCCAAGACCGUGUCCUUCCACUACCUGUCUCUGCCGUCUAACCUGCAGACCCCUGCCACGCUGUUCCGCAUGGCGACCGCGACGGCCCCCGGGCGCACGGGCCCGGACAGCCUGCGCUUCGGCAUAGUGGGCGGGAACUCCCGUGGCAUCUUUGUCAUGCAGCGCUCAGACCGACAGACUGGCGAGCUGAUACUGGUCCAGCAGCUGCGCGGGCCGCAGGAGAUCAGCAUCGACGUAGACAUGUCCGAGUACAGCGACCGCACCUUUCAGGCCAAGCAUGUGGCCAGGGUCCACAUCCUGGUCUCGCCUUACAACUUCUGAGGUUUGAAAGAUGCGGGAAAAGGUGACGGCGAACAAAGAAAGAAGUUUUCUCCACCCACACGACAUGGCUAAAGUACCAUGACAGUGAGAAACACACGACAAUAUUACACAGCUAUUUUAUGAAUGUAACAACUUAUGGCAAAACACACGAUAGAUGCUUAUGUCAGUAUGAGCUCUGACCGUUUAGGCUUGACUGCGUGAGUCAGAAUGCAUGAAAAGUAGUUUAAGAGCAUAAUGAAUGGGUCUGGGAGGAAUCAGUACUUAUUUCUGUCAUUUUUGUUGCUUUUGUGUUUGUAAUUGUACUGUUGGUUGUGUCUGAGAAGCUCAGGGUCAGGCUGUGGCGUUGAUGGUAAAACCUGAGAAGACAUUAGUGCUCCUGUGGCUCUAAUUUAUUGGAAUUAUCGUUUGCUGGUUUUUGCAUCGUAACAUACUGUGUGCCACAUAUCUUCAAUUAUAUACUGUAUAUUUGUUUUUUUUUUUGUACUCGCUUGCUUUGUUUAAGGCGCCAGUCAUUAUAUUUUUAAAUCACCAUGUAUGUUACACAAAAGCAGCCUUAUUACACUCUAAAUCAUAGAUGAUUUGACAAGCUUGCCAAAGCACCGCAUCAUUUAUCUGGAAUUUUAAUUCAACUCAAAAAAAGCCAGUCCGGCGUCCAGUUCAGCAUUUGUUAGAACUACCUCGCCUGAUGCUGAACAGUGUGCUGUCAAAUGUUCCUGUGGCAGUUCUUCCUCUCGUUUUACAUCCACGCAGAGUGACUUUUAACGAACAAAACGCAGACCAACACUGACAAAUAACCACUUCAUGGCUAUAAAUAGUUCUGUGAUUGAGUGGAUCCACUUUUGGAGAGGGAUGCACGCCUUUUGUAAAUCUUAACUUCUCAUCCAGAGACUCACGGGGGAAUUCAAUUUGAAGCAGGAAAGUAGUUUCACGGUAUUUCGGUUUGACUUGAACACAAGGAACUAGCUGUCACAUUUUGAAGUCACAUCUUAGUGUGUCUAUUAGUUACGGGAGAAAAAAAAAAGAGACUAACUUUCACCACAUGUUCUCUUAACUCCCUUCACUCCAUGGCUGGGCUCCAUUCAGGGGUUUAGAUUGCAAUAAAAGGGGCCAGAAGCGCUUCAUGCGUUCAGGAGGGAGCGGAUGGGUGAGAAUCAAAACACAUGCCCUGACGGCACGCAUUGCUUUGAAAAUGACAACGCGCCCUAAUGGCAGGCCUUAUUUCCUUCAGUAACCAGACCAGGAGCACUCUCACAUUGCAGCCUUUGUUUUUAGGCUGUUUGAUGUUCACAUGUUUCAUCCAUUCUCAGGCACAAGGAUAUUGCCAGAGACGAUUAAAGAGCACUGAGCUACAUAAUACAAGCCAUUUGGAGGGAAAUGAUAAAAAAAAAUAAUAGAGUGAGAGCCUUGAGGGAUAGCCAGCUUGUGGUUUAUACUCGUUUUUAUGUCGGAGACACAGGAACAUGACUGCACUGCUGUCUUUUCAUGGACACAACGCAGGGGAAACACAUCAAGACACAGUGCAGUAACUCAAGUACGACUCUUAUAAUUUGUUUUGCGAAACCGCUGAUCCCUUUAUGAAUGAACGGUUUCCUGUGCCUUGUUAAUGUGUCUUUGGAGCUGCACUUCAAAGCUCCUGAUCACAUGUCACCAGCAAAAGGCAUGUGCACCAUUUAAAUAAAAAAAAAAAAAUAGGAGGAAACAUCAAAAAUUCUUGAAAUUCCAAUGGCAGUAAAAAUGUCGAGCUUCAGUCUAAGCAGUUGCCUCCUGAAUGUAUCUAUUCAAACACUAAAGCCGUAUAUCACACUCAAGUGAAACUUUUAAUUGUAUUGGUCACCAUUAAAAUGUACAAACAUUGUA